CGCCGGCCACUCCAGGAGGGACUGCCUGGCCACCGGGUGGUGGAGGGGACCUUGUGGGCACAUCCGCCGGUGAGCUGACUCCGCCCGGCACGUUUGGGAGGUCAGGGCACAUCCGCAGGGGGGCACCUGGGGCCCAGCGCCGCUUCUGUCGACCCCUGGGGCGCCCCUGGAUGGCUGAGCGGUCCCCUCGCCGGCCGCCCAGGCGCCGCAGCGGCUGAGCUCCCUGGGAUCGCCGGGCCGCCGCCGCCCUCCCCAUCCCCUGCAUGCCCGGUGCCCGGGUCGCGGCCCACCUGGACGCCCUGGGCCCCCUGGUCCCCUACGUGCCGCCACCGCUGUUGCCCUCUAUGUUCUACGUGGGCCUGUUUUUCGUCAAUGUGCUGAUCCUGUACUACGCCUUCCUCAUGGAGUACAUCGUCCUCAACGUGGGCCUUGUCUUUCUGCCGGAGGACAUGGACCAGGCACUCGUGGACCUCGGCGUGCUCUCCGACCCCGGCUCAGGCCUUUACGAUGCUGACUCGGAGCUCGACGUCUUCGAUGCGUACUUGGAAUAGGGUCUUAACUGCCAGUUCUCCCUUCCCGUCUACGAGCCGCAACCCUCGGGGCUGAACCAACUGCCCAGAUCAUGCCGCCACUGCUGGUUCGGGGCACCGUCUGGAUGGGGAUGGGACCCCAGGACGAGGCUCUUCCCCGCCUCCGAGGCCUGCCUGCUCCCCUCAAAAGCUUUGUGCCAACAGAAAGGUUCCUGCCUGUACCCAGUAGGGUGGAAGGAGAGAUUGGAACUGAGUGCCUGUCCCCAGAGAAGAGGGAAACCAAGAGGAACUUGAAGACCUCAUUGGCCUACAGCGUCCCACAGAUGGCCUGGCCUCGGCUUGUGACUCUGCAGCCACGAUGGGUCUUUACAGGAGCCCAGCCAGAGUUUGCUUCCAUGCUCUUCACCCCCAACUGCACCUGCUUCCCCCACUUAACCUUCGGAGAGGACACUUCAAGCCGCCGACACACACAAAAGUGACUCCCAGUGCCACAGGAUGCCACUUGAGCCAUAAGCCCGGCUGGGUAAGCCUAAGGCUGGUCUUAGAUGCGGGAACUGUUUCAGGGAGUGACUCAGAAGGAAAAGCAGCUGGGAAGCUACUGAAGGUUGAGGGUAGGGUUUUGAUUUCUUCAUUUCAAGUUGCUUCUUCUUCAUUAAGUUGGCAAAACUGAGACAUCGUGCUGGGGAGAGUUACGUUGCUCUCCUGGCUGGAAAUACUUUUCUGAGAACGUGAGUGGUAUGAAUACUUGAUUUUGAUAAACCUGUAAAAGCAAUACUUAGGAGGCUGACUUCUUUUCAUUAAAAAGUGUAUGCAA